AUCGGGACGGUGGGAGUAAUCUUCAGAGAACAAAAAAAGUUUAAGUGAAUAGACAUGCUUGAAAUGGUACAAUGUGCAUGCAUGUUAUAUACGGUUAUUGUUGUGUAGCGGGGAAGCUGCCGAAGAACAAUGGCAUCCCGUGGAGAAGAGAUUCAGGGCUGAGGGACGGCGCAAAUGUGACGGCGGACGGGAAGGGAGGGCUGACCGGAGGGUACUACGACGCCGGAGACAACACCAAAUUCCAUUUUCCGAUGUCCUUCGCCAUGACGAUGCUGAGCUGGAGCGCGAUAGAGUACGAGCACAAGUUCCGCGCCACCGGAGAGUAUCAUCACGUCCGGAGCCUCAUCCGCUGGGGCACCGAUUAUCUUCUCCGCACUUUCAACUCCUCUGCUUCCCCGGUUGGCAAAAUCUACAGCCAGGUGGGCGGGUCACGUAACGGCUCGAAAACGCCGGACGACCAUUACUGCUGGCAGAGGGCGGAGGACAUGGCGUACGCCCGCCCAGUCCAGACGGCGUACGCGGGGCCGGACCUCGCCGGAGAAAUGGCGGCCGCGCUUUCGGCGGCUUCGAUCGUGUUCCGCGACGACGCGGCGUACUCUGCCAAGCUCUCCGACGGCGCAGAAGCCCUGUUCGCCUUCGCCAGGGAUAGCGGCAAGAGAUCGACCUACAGCCGCGGGAAUCCGUACAUCGAGCCCUACUACAACUCCACCGGAUACUUCGACGAGUACCUCUGGGCCGCCGUCUGGCUGUACUACGCCACCGGGAAUAGCAGUUACCUAUCCCUGGCCACCGAUUCCCGAGUCGCCGCUAAUGCGAAUGCACUAGCGGUUAAUCCAGAUCUGAGCGUUCUGAGCUGGGAUAACAAGCUGCCCGGGGCAAUGCUGCUCUUGACCCGAUUACGGAUCAUAUUGAAUCCGGGUUACCCGUACGAAGAAAUGUUGCAGAGCUAUCACAAUGUCACCACUCUCACAAUGUGCUCUUACCUCCAACAGUUUAAUGUCUUCAAUUUCACACUAGGUAAGGAUUGAAAGCUAAAUUCUAACUCUCUUAUCUUCUGAUUCCCCUUUUGAACUGCAUCAAGUUUGAAUCGAUCGAUUUGUGAAUCGGUUUGCAGGCGGGUUGAUCCAGUUGAACCACGGGCAGGGCCAACCGUUGCAGUAUGUUGUGAAUGCAGCCUUCUUGGCAUCUCUGUUUGUUGAUUAUAUGGAAGCUACUUAUAUCCCUGGAAUGAAUUGCGGUCCUUACUUUAUCGGGUUGGAUGUUCUUCGCGGUUUUGCUGCUUCCCAGGUUUGUAAUCUUCAUUAGAAAGAAUCACUAAUGUUUAACCUAUAGUGUUUGAUGAAAUGUGUUGGGAAAAUGCAGAUCAAUUAUAUAUUAGGUGAGAAUCCGUUGAAGUUGAGCUAUGUGGUGGGUUAUGGAGCCAGAUUUCCCAGACACGUUCAUCACCGGGGGGCGUCCAUACCAAACAACAAGAUGGAGUACUCGUGCACGGGUGGGUGGAAGUG